AUGCUGGCUGGAAAAGAACUUGCUCGCAUCGAUGUCAAAUUAGCACCCAUGGGACCAGGAAACAGGAGUAGUGCCAUUGCUGGUUCCAUUGCUGGUGCCAUUGCUGGUGCCAUUGCUGGUGCCAGUCCUGGUGCCAGUCCUGGUGUCAGUCCUGCCGCCACUCCUGUUCCAGUUCCGCAGGUCGACAAGGACAGUGCCAGUAAGGCUUUCAUUCAGGUUGGAGAGGACAUCAUUAAUCUAUAA